AUGGAUCUUACGAAUGCAACUCUCCUGUUGCUUUUUGCGGUAGCUGCUUUUGCCGUAAAUCCGUCCUUCGGUCAGACCGCAGCAGUCGAGGACUUUCCUGACUUUGAUGAUAAUUUUGAUGACGAUGUAGGGGUAGUAAUAGUACCAACUACUAGCAAAGAAAUAACUGAAGCUGCCAUUAUUACGGGGACCACCGUUUCUUCAGUUUCCACCACUGUCUCGACGACCUCGAGUCAGAUUUUGCAAAAUGAUUCGAUCACCUCUUCUCCAGCCACAACAAGUUCCACUACCAAUAGCUCCACUAAAGAGUCUUCAAUAUCUGUUACCAAGAAUGACAACUCUACAUCCUCUACGAAAGAGUCCACCACAGUUUCAACAACCACGUCUCAAACUUCUACCGCAGAGGAUUCUUCCAAAUUUUCUUCGACCGCGGCAACAUCUCCUUCAGCCAUAACUGAUUCCUCCACAAAGAUGUCUACUACAUUUUCUGAAACCACUACACAGGCAUCUAAAACUUCUACACCAACCAUUUCCACCACAAUCUCUAUAGCCACAACUGAUUCGACCACAAAACUUUCUUCAACAAAAUCCACGGUUAUUCCAGCUACAACAGAUAAAACAACACUUUCUACAUCCGUAACUGAUUCUACAACAUCAGUGUUCACUACAGAUUCUUCAACCACAAUUCAGACUUCCACAACAACUGAAUCCAUCCCAACUGUUCCAACAACAACCACUGAACAACAGACGGAAGAGGAACUUAUUUUAGCUCUACUAGCUGAGAGUAAGUUUUCUCUUACCGAGUCUGGUGCCUUACUGAAAGAUAUCAAUACAAUUAACUGGAAUAUAAGUGAAAAGCUGGAUAAUCAAGUGGAGUUCAUUGAGCUAAUUGAAGACACCGAUAAAAUUCUUAAAAGCAAGACACAAGAAAUAUUGUUUUGGGAGGCUGAGCUUCUUCAAGGUGUCGUAAAAUCCAUUAAAAAGAUUGACCUGUAUGCCAACAGAACGGUCGAUACAAUAUCUCAUUUGCUUGAACUUCAAAAGCUAAAUCAGGAUCGAGUAAAGGACCUCGAAAAUAAACUUAAAGAUACACAAGGACAAAUUCUGCGCAGAUCGAAAGGAUUGGACGCCAGGCUUAAGUUUGUUAGCCACUUACUAAGGGAUUAUAUAGAACCAAAAGUAAACCACUUAAAGGACUCCUUUGCCAGAGUAAAUAAAUCCCAAGUAAAUUCUCUAGGUGAAUUAGAGAACCUUUCUCAGAUAAGGAAUCUAACCGAGACCUUUAACAUUAAGUUAACAUCCUUGAAUUACCAAGUAGCUGCACUUAAUGAAACUCAAGAGAUAAGUUUUUACACUUUAAACGCUGCUCUUGAUGACUAUGCUCCCACAAACCUCAACGCGAUCAACGAUCUUUUUCACACUAUAAGCAUUUCGCAAAAGCAAACUGAUUUCUCAUUGGCCACUUGCGGAUCUUCAAAGUAUAGUACUAAUAUCUAUUCAAAUUUGAAAAAUUAUAAUAAGCAAUACGUCAUUAACGGACCAGAUGACCUGAUUGACAUUUCAAAACCAUGUAUUCUAAAUUCUGGAGAGUAAUUAUUUAAAAAAACUCGUUUAAAUGGAUCUCGGAGUAUUAUUAAUAAACUUCUUAUAUUUGAUUUAUUUUAAAUAUUAAAUAUAUGAAUAUGUAUUUAUAAUAUUCUUGGAACUAUUUAAACCCUUGAGAAAAUAGAGCAAUGUAUCAAUUUUUCACGUCUA